AUGACUAGAUUAGUAGCCAAGAGUUUUAAACAAAAGAAAUGUGUUAAUUAUUUCGACCCAUAUGCACCACUAGCAAGGAUGACGGAAAUUAGAGUAUUGUUUGUAUUAACUUCUUCGCAUGACCUUAUAGUUCAUCAAAUGGAUAUUAAAACGACAUUCCUCAAUGGAUAUCUUGAUAAGGAGAUAUACAUGGAGCAACCGAAAGCUUACAUGCUUCCUGGUAAUGAACAAAAGAUGUUUAUACAUAAAGUAAAGCGAAAUAACGGGGGUUAUGAAUUUAGUCAAAUUCAUUAUGUUGAGAAAAUGCUUGAUAAGUUCAAACACUUACGUUUCAAGGAAGUGAAUACUCCGUUUGAUCCUAAUCUCAAGCUUAAAAAGAAUAAUGGAAGAGCUCUGGAUCAAUGGGAAUAUGCAAGUACAAUUGGUUGGCUAAUGAAUUUAAUGCAAUGUACCAGACCCGACAUAGCAUUUGUAGUUAGUAAAAUGAGUAAAUUUACUAGCAAUCUAAAUGGUGAACAUUGA